UACCAAUGGAACAGCGACGUGGGCACGGUUGCACAAAUAGAACAGGAUAUGAUACAAGACAUCAGCAGAGGAGUUUUCAACAGCACCAACUUCUACAAGGUAUUUUUCAAGGUCAACCUCUGGUUCUGUACAAUAAACCAUGAUUCACGCCGACAUAUGGACAGCGGUCAACAGACCAACAAAACGUCAUUUUGGGAUGUCGGAAGUCAGUAUUUGGCGGAAACCAUUCAAUAUAUGUUUUCAGUCGCGCAGACUACAUCUGUGGAAGGUCCACGGGCAAGCGAUGACAACACAUACUGUGAGAAAACGAUUGACUCUGUGAUAGAGCAUAGAUUACCUGUACCCCUCCUAUUAGCCGUAGUCAUAGCAACGCUUUGUGUUGUGUUUACGACCAUACUUGUAGGUUGUUGUUGGCGGGUGCGGAGGAAUCGCUCGGGAAAUAAAACGAUUGUGAGUACUUCCGUAAUACAGCACGACAAUGACCAAAAAGAUACCACAAUUCUUAAUGACGACUCGCAUACGGAAAGGGACCAGCUUCAGACCAAAUGUGAAUUGUAUGACGAAUACCGAACAGGGAAAUGCAAAGGGGUCCUUUUGAUAUCUCCUACCUGUAUUCAUCCGCGGAAGAACGGUGUAAAUAUAUAUUCUGCCGAUUCAGAUAUAAGUUGGUUCCUGAAAAACAGCGUGGAUUAUGUGUUUUCUGAGUUAGAUAAAUACUUACUUGACCGUGCUUCUCUUAAUUCACCUACAUCUAACGGACCAAGUACGUCACUGCCCGAAAACAUGACGUCACCACGGUUGAGCACACGAAGAGUCGUACCUCGCUCGCGCCAGGGAAGAGGGAGUUCACCAUUGUUAACCAACCACGAUCGCGUGGACGAACCUAGUGAACGAAGAGCUUGGCAGGAGUUCCAACAGAAGGUUAUCCCCCUUGGGAAAUUCCCUUACCACAACGUGGCUUAUCGGAACACCGAUAAGAUUGCAGACGUGAAAGUGCGAAAUCUUAUUCAGUUUUAUAAUGCACAAUGCAUAGUGCGUUUUGAACAAUGGAAUGGGGCGUGUCUAAUAGCAAACUACACACUUGUUCUUUUAGAAAAGGCGAUGAAGACCUUAAACAUCGAUACAAAUGGGGUAAGUUUUAACAGACUCGAAAUGACCGGAAGUAUAAUGAAAGGCUUGAAAUCUUCUACCGCUGGCCAGUUUGAUGUAUUGAUGAUUUUUCAAGGUUGUGGUUUCAAGGUUACUCAUGCUCUCGAUCAAAUAAGUAACACUGGUAUACCCCCGGGUAAACUGGUUCUCACGGCUGAGCAAACACGCGGGCAACAAAACGAAUGUCUGAAAAACUGCAAUCUAGACAAUAGCAAUUUCCUUUGCGUUUCUUCUGAAGCACUUACCAGUGUUACAGAAAGUAUGUUAGAACGGGGCAUACAGAAACUCUACACUGAGACUCGUUCCCUAAUUGACAGACUGCCAUUCCGUAUUCAAAGAUCUGCUACCGCGUCUCUAACGCUCUCGCUAGAUACAAGGAAUGUGGUCGGUCUAAACCUGCCUGAAAUUAAGAUCCAGAUCAUCCCAGCCAUCCCUCUUCACGCUGGAGGGUGGUACCAACUGGCGACAAUCUACGCCGUCCCACCAUGGCAUGUUCAGGAUGUGAAAAGGAAGACUUCAACAAGGGGCGAAGGAGCGAAUCAAACGAUUUCACAUGACCUGCUCUGGGGUCUGUCUCUAGGCGAGCUCGAAAGAGUAUUUUUCACAGGUGUUGAUAUGAAAAUGAAGGCAGCUGGAGUGACAAGCUGUCAUAUUGUCUGUUUGGUGAUUCUGAAGACACUGUUCACAAGUGUAACGCGUCGAUCUCUUUUAGAUCGAGGAGAAAUUAACUCAUAUAUAUUGGAGACGGUUUUAUCGUUUCUUCUGCUAGAAAGUUCGGCGAAUGACUGGACUCUUGACAAAUUAGCCGAUCGGUUUUCCGAUUCAAUCCAUUUCUUGAGAUCUGCUUUGGAGCAUGGGAGAUUACCAAACUUUUUUCUCCACAACCCACACUUGUUGAAGCAAAUGCCUGCUUUGAAAACAUACCCGUUUCUAACAAAAGGGCGCCAGGAGAAUCUCUUGGCCGAGAUCAGACAGGAUACAACAGAAAAAACAUUCAAGUUCAUGAAUCACAGACUGAAAGAAAUGAAGAUGGAAGAUUGUGUCAAGGGAGACUACUCCGAGGAAAUGUGGGAAUACGAAUUCUUUGUGUUCAACUAAUGCCACAAUUGUUUCUAUACAAACCUGACUGGUAUUUGUUCUUUGUUUAAUAUAAAACAUUCGUACCUACUAUUUCAUUAAACACGCAUGAUGUUUAUAUUAAAUGUGAAAUGUGAUAUCGUCAUUGUGAUAAAUUAGCAUUAUGUAGGUUUCACAAUCUAUUUCAAAAGUUUUAUUCUUUUCAAUUGACAAAGCAGUAAGACGAUGCCACAGCUUAGUGAUAAUGUCUGAACAUGAUACGUGUACCAGUUCGCCACACUUUUUUUGUAUACGCAAACUGAUUUUUUCGCCAUUAUGAAUGUUAAAUAAGAAACCCUUCUAAAUGCCUUGUACAUAUAUUUAGUUACGGAAUACACCCAAGUAUAAUGUAGAUAUUUAAAAUAUAGAUGGAAUAGGCAGGUAACACACCAGGAAACUAUAAGGGAAAAUGGUUUUGAAGUGGUUUAAAGCAAGAACUUGUUACAGAUUUAUUUUUUUUCUGUUUUUCCAAGUUUCAUCAUCAUACCUGAAGCAGUCGUUCAUAUGUUACAUGUAACUUCAAAUGCUUGUAGAUCAUAAUACAGUGUAUAUCCUCCCAGCGUGUAAAAAAUGUUCUACAUGUAAAUAUUUAUCAACUAUACUAAAAUCCAAAAGAUAUUUUCGAUAUGAAGUUAUUAAUCGAUGUGCCAUAUAUUUAAGUUGAAAUUUUCGUAAUCAGUAUUGAAAGUUGACUAAAAAUUUCCCGCUUGUUAGUUUUACAAUCAAUACUAGUAUAUUAUAUAUAGUUAUAUCUUUUGAAGAUUUUUAGAUGUUUUUUAAUUUUAACACUAUUGUGCACCCGUGUGUUUUCGAGAAUUCCAUUGGAUAAGUAUACUGCUUUCAUCACAUUACAACAUUUGUGCCAUUCUGUUUCAACUGUAUUUAGUGUACAUCAUUGAACCCCAUGUGUACUGUGUAAUUGUAAAAACAAAAGGUCUCUUUUUACCAUGGACUACUCCAUGUUAGUACCUUACCUUAACUCUGUGGAGUGCAAUACAAAAAGGACAGUAUUUUUCGAGCUAGUCAAAUGUCUUUUUUGUAGGUCAUGUUAAUUCAGUUCUUAAUGUCUUAUUCUUCGGCAUCUUUAUAUGUAGACCCUGUACAUGUGUGACGUCAGAUUGUGUUUCAGACACAGUCUGAAGUCCCGUGUAACACAACUUUAUAUGUAGACCCUGUACAUGUGUGACG